AUGACCGGCUACGUGACAACAAGAUACUACCGAGCCCCCGAAAUCAUGCUUACUUGGCAAAACUAUGGAGUUGAGGUGGACAUGUGGAGUUCAGGCUGCAUCCUAGCUGAAAUGAUCCAGGGCCAACCUCUUUUCCCCGGCAAGGAUCAUGCGCAUCAAUUUUUAAUUAUCUCCGAUCUACUUGGUUCAAUACCCCCGGAGAUCCUUCCCAAUAUCUGUGCCGAGGGGACGAUGGAGCGCAUUGCAGCUCUUCCCCAACGAAAGAAACAGCCAUUUCGAAACAAGUUCAAGGGUGCAUCAUUUGAAGCUCUCGAUUUUCUGGAAAGAGUGCUCGUGUGGGACCCAAGCCAUCGCAUCUGUGCCGCUGACGCUCUUUCACACCCAUACAUGAGUCUCUACCAUGACCCAGAAGAUGAGCCAGUAGCAGUCGCGCCUUUCAAUUGGGCUUUGGUGACUGCCGAGUAUUCAGUAGAUACGUGGAAAUAUAUGAUGUUGGUACACCCUGGUCUGGUAUUAUUUCUUGAUUUCGAUAAUUGA